AAACCCAGUUCAGAAGAGAUCUCCAUGAUUGCAGAGCAGUUGUCCAUGGAGAAGGAGGUAGUGAGGGUCUGGUUCUGCAACCGACGCCAAAAAGAGAAGCGAAUCAACUGCCCUGUGGCCACACCCAUCAAGUCACCCAUCUACAACUCCCGGCUGGUCUCUCCCUCAGGGUCUCUGGGCCCCCUCUCUGUCCCUCCUGUCCACAGCACCAUGCCCGGAGCAGUAACGUCAUCCUGUUCCCCUGGGAACAACAGCAGGCCUUCGUCUCCUGGCUCAGGACUCCAGGCCAGCAGUCCCACUGCAUCUCAAAAUAACUCCAAAGUAGCGAUGAACUCUUCCAGCUUUAACUCCUCAGGAUCUUGGUAUCGAUGGAAUCAUCCCACCUACCUCCACUGAGACCAAAAAGUUCCUCCUACUCCACCUGGCUUGUGUUCCCCGCUGGGAAGAAGGGAACCAUGCCUUCUGUGUAUGGACAGAUUGCGUUCGGAGGAGUGGAAGAAGAGCCCACUCUUGCUUUCUCCAGGAGCCAGGGCCUCCAGAGAGCCAAACUGUGAUUGAACCAUGUGCUGACUCCUAAUGCUGUUGAAAUACCCCCCACCCCCACCCCUGGAGUUUCCCACGUUCAUCUUCCUGGCCUGUGCCCUAUCUUCUAGCUCUGAAU